AUGAGUGCUAAGAAGUCUGCCGAAGAACUGAAGAGCAUUUUUCAGAAAUAUGCAGCCAAAGAAGGUGAUCCGGACCAGUUGUCAAAGAAGGAGCUGCAUCUGUUGAUAAAGGCUGAAUUCCCCAGUUUACUCAAAAGUCCAAGCACCAUAGAUGACCUCUUUAAAGAACUGGACAAGAAUGGAGAUGGGGAAGUUAGUUUCGAAGAAUUCCAAGUGUUCAUAAAAAAGAUUUCCCAGUGA